UCUGAAAAGCACCAGACCAGAGACUAAACUGCAAGCUACAGAAUGAGAAAUUGAAGAAGAGGAAAGCCACUAAACUGUGCUAUAGAAAAUAGUGGCUGGCCUGAAAUAACACUAAGAACCAAAGUAGCUGGGACACACAAAAGCCGAAUACAGCAGAAGACAUCUGACAAGAAGAAAUAAUUCAGUUGUGAAUAAAAUAAAACUACAGCAAGAGACAGCAUUCACAGCAGCUCAGCUGGAAUAAAAAAGAUUGAAAAAAUCUCAGGAUACCACUGAAUUAUGUAAAGCAAAAUCCAACACAUCUACAGCAAGCUGAAGACAAAUCUAUGUUGCUAUAAAGAGAGUAAGUGGCUGUGUCACUGACCCCAGAGAAAGGACAUCUAUUUCUGACAAAAAAAGAUCACAGUGACCGCAUGCCAGCAAAGCAAUUUGCAUUUGCUGCUCAGAUAUCAAUCCAAGGGGGUUUGCUAAUUGUGCUACAAAGAACAAGUUUUUUUUACCUACAGACCAAGAGAAAGACCAUGUUCUGCAUCAUACUCAUGCUCCACUUACUAGUUUCCCUGUCUUCUGGAGAACUUAAGGAACAGGAUGCACUAUGUGGGCCCGGUGAUGCAUGCUAUACCGUAUUCCACAGUCGUCAUACUUUCUUGGACUCUUGGAGAGCAUGCCGUGACAGAGGUGGCAACCUUGCCACUAUCAAAAAUUCCCAGGAAGCUGCACUGGUUGAGCAACUUCUUACCUCCUCUGUGAGUUCACGUAGUGAUGGGUUUACAAACAAACAAAGGUUUUGGAUUGGUCUACAACGACAACCUAGGCAAUGUGCACCACAGAAACCUCUGCGUGGCUUCACUUGGACAACUGGUGACCAGGAUACAGCAUUCACUAACUGGGCCCACCAAGCUAUUUCUGUAGGAUCACCAAGCUCUUGCUCUGCAGCACGAUGUGUGGCUAUAGGUCUUGGCAACGAGAAACCAGAGGAUGAUUUUAAAUGGUUGGAAGGAUCUUGCACAUUGAAUGUUGAAGGUUUUGUGUGCAAAUACCGCUAUCAAGGGAUGUGUCCUGCACUGGCAGAGAGAGUUGUAAGUUAUUCUGCACCGUUUGGUUACGAGGGUACCUGGCUUGAUCAACUCCCUUUUGGCACAGUGGCAAUGGUAUCAUGUGAGGGACAACCACAGGAUAUGUCAGUGCUCUGUAUGCUAAAGGAAGAUGGUACUGUGGGCUGGAACAUGGAUGAGCCAUUAUGUCAGCGUCAUUUUUCCAGGCAGUGCCAAGGAUGCCAGCAGCAAUGUGAAGGAGGUGUAUGUUCUUGCCAUGAGGGAUAUUUACUCCAGCCUGAUGGACGUUCAUGUGAGCCGGUAGAUGAAAUGAGCUAUGAAGAUCAUACAUCAGAACAAGGAUGCCCAUGUCAGUAUCAAUGUGUUAGCCACAGUGGGAUGGGCAAGGGAUACCAGUGCAUAUGCCCAAAUGGAUAUCAGUUAGCUAAUGAUGGACAUAACUGUGAAGAUAUUGAUGAAUGUGAAGAAGAGUAUGACCGUUGUGAUCAUGCUUGUCAAAAUACACCUGGCUCUUAUGUCUGCUCCUGCGACCUUGGCUUUGCUCUCUCAGAAGAGGAACCUGGGCAUUGUGUGGAUGUUGAUGAGUGUCGGAUUGCCCAUGUAUGCCAGCAGAUGUGUGUUAACUAUGAUGGAGGGUUUGAAUGUUUCUGUAGUGAAGGUUAUGAAUUGGAUAGUGAUCGUGUAAACUGUAAACUAACUAGUUAUAAUCCUAAUCUACCUAUGACCACUUCAGAAGAAGAAGGGGAGGAUGAAUCCUAUCCAGAUGAAGAUGACAGUAGAUUUGUGGAUAGCAUUCAGACAGAAUGGGAGCAGGCAGGUGCAACAUAUGGAGGGAGACGGGGAACAUGGGAAUCCACUGACAUUGUUAAGGCCGAAGAUAGAACCAUUGUAAGUGAUAAUAUAGACAAAGUCAAAACCACAUCGUCUAUUGAAGAAAUUUGGUUGAAUAGGGAAGAAUACAUUGAUGCAGACCCAACUAUGCAUGAGCAGGAUAGCACUACUAAUUCCUUAGUGGACUUGGAGACAGAAGGAUAUCACUUACCUUCCACCACUACCCAGCCAGUCCAAAAAACAUCAUUGGUAAUUAGGCAAGAAAAAGAAACAACCAAUUUGCAAACAACAUCAUCUAGACUUCAUUUAACAUCUUCCACCAUGGCAGCCAGUUUAUCAUCAGAAUCAAAUCCAAUAACACAAAAUGAAGCUUUUGUCACAUUGUUAGAGUCUAAAAUAACCACUGAUACAUCUUCAACAGCAGAACCUGGCACCACCAAAGCUUCAUGGGAUAUUAUUAAGGAAUCCACAGUGGCCGUAAAGGAAAACAUAGUUAAUCCGACCACAGAGGUGCUGGAAGUAGAAGAUGCUUUAUCCACACUUUCAUCAGAAAGUCCUUUGCAUAAGUACUCUGGGACAAUAUCCCCUAUUAAAACUUCUGCUUCACCUCUCCCACAAGAAUCCAGAGUUAAAAGGGAUAAUCGAUGGCUUAUAGUGGCCUUGCUGGUACCCUUGUGUGUCUUUCUAGUCAUUAUGUUAGCAAUGGGUAUUGUGUACUGUACCCGAUGUGGAGGUGAAACUAAACCUCGCAGUGUUACUGACUGUUAUCAUUGGGUUACUGGGGGAGGGCCAGAGAAAGGCCUUCCCUGAAUAGUGAUAGAAACACCUUCCAGCUGGGUAUAUGUUUUAAUGAUUUGUAGGUGCAAGGAUUCUAGAAUUGCGAACUUGUACAACUGGUGUUCUUGUUGUGUGGGGCUUUAUACUGGUCAGAAUGUUCUAUGUCUAUGAUUAAGUUCAGGGCAUUGGUGCAAUUGAGGUCACACUGUGCCUAGAUCCUAUAAUUUUGUAAAUAAUUUUUAAAUGAAACCUAGGGGUUUAUUCACUAACCAUCAAACUCUAGUGAAUUGAAAACUGAAUUGCACAAUUUGGACAGAAAGGGCUGAGUUGGGAAAAUUCCCUAUCUGGCCAUAGUCACAAAUUGAUCAUUUUAACCAGAAAUGAAUGUGCAAUUCAGAUGUAAAUUAUUUACAAUUCACUGAUUAGUAAAUACACCCUCUGGUUUUCUCGGCCUGUUCCAUUUCACUUGUCUUCCACUCUUUUUUUUUUUUUUUUUUUUUGGCAGUAUUCUAUAUCUUGCUCUGUACUUCUGUACUUUCAAGUUUUUACAUUUUUGCCUUCUACUGUGAAUAUUCAACCACUCUCUGUAUGUAUGUCUAUCUGACUUUUUUUUGGUUACUUAUGUUUAUGAGCUAGAAUUCCCUCAGAUUUAUGUUGAGCACUAUAUUAAAUGAUGUUUACAAAACAUCCAGCGGUCGAAGGUUAACCAUUAUUAGCUGAUCUCUGCCUAAUGCAGAUGUCUCUGUCCAUCCACUUCCUAUGCCCUUCGCACCAAUGAAAUGCAAUACUUAACCAGGUUCCUCUCAUGCAGUGCUAUUUGACAUUUUAACCUACUCACUGCCAGAGACAGCUGGAAAAGUACAAGCAUGCAUUGCAGGGCAAUGCAGAUUGCUGAAGCUCUAAACUGAGAGCAAAUAAGUUAAAGUCUUUGAAUAAAUGAAUGUUACAGCAAAUACCAACCAAUUAGCCCUUGAAGUCUGCUCCUGUGAAUCACAAUGCUUAACUUUUUAGUUUGUUCUUAAUUAUAUUUUAUGUACAUCUCAAGAAUUCCCAGAUUUGCUUCAUUGUAAGUUGCCUGCUCCUUUCAGCUGACCAGGCUAAGCAGGGAUUGGACAACAUGGCUUUAGUCAGAAAUCAGAGAAUUCUGGGAAGAUGUAUUUAACACAUAGGACCACUAGGCUACCCUGACAUGCCACAGCUGACACUACACUUCUGUGAUUGGUAGAUUGGGUUUGCACAGUUACAGGCUGGUUGCUGUUACAGGCUGUUUGUAGAAUGACAAGAGGUUGAGAAUUACUAAUUAAGUCUUUUAUUUUUACUAGCAUGAUUUAAUUACCUGACAUAAAAUAAUGAUGCUACGUACUGUGUAGAGUAACCUAAACCACCUAAAUUGUAUGAAUCACUUUCGAAAGAUCUGUCAGAAAUGUCACUUCUUUAAGCUGACUCUGUUCUUUAUGUUUGAUAAGAAAGUUAUGGAGGAUAAGAAAAUACAUCGCUUCAUAAAUACUCCAAGCACCAUAACCACUACAGUCCGCUGAAUG